GAAGCGGAAAGAGGAGGAAAAGAAGCAACGUGAAGAGGAGGAACGAAGGCGGCGUGAAGAAGAAGAAGAAGAGGAAGAACGGAGGAGAGAGGAGGAGGAAGAGAAAAGGCGCCAGGAAGAGGAGGAGGAAGAGUUGCGUCGUGAAGAGGAGGAGGAGAAAGAGCGGCGUGAGAUGGAGGCUCGCAGGAAGAAGGCUGAGAUGCGCAAGAGAGAGGAAGAGGCAAGGAAGGCUGAGCAACCAAAGGUAAAACAGCAGGAGCAACCUAUGGUCAAGGGGAGAUCCAGUAGCCCAGCUGAAGACAUGGGUGAUGAGAACUCUGGACCUCCACCAGAGAAGACCCAGGAGAAAUCAGCGCUAUCGUCCUUCAAGUCAAAGCUGUCUGCCGGCCGCAAGCUGAACAUCAAAACCUUGAUGCUCAAGAAAGCAAAAGAAGACCUGGCCCAGGAGGCAGCGGAGAGGGAGUCAGCCAAACGCAAAUAUCUGGAAGAUGUGCUCCCACCUCUGAAGCUGGGAGGUCUGUCCAAAGAUGCCCUGGAGUCUCUCUGUCGUGAUCUUCAUGCUCAAAUAGAACAAGCAGAGGAAGAGCGCUUUGAAGCUGAGUAUAAAGUCAAGAAGAAUGACCAGGAGAUUGAGGACUUGAACAUGCGCAUCAUGUCAUUCACUGGCAGAUUCAAAAAGCCCGAGCUGAAGAAGGUGAAGGUGACCCCAGAGAACAUGCUGAACUCGCUGGCUGAGUCCCGCCGCACCAAGCCAGGCAUCAUCGACUUCCGUGCCAACCUGAAGCACGUGGAACGGGAAGGACACGACAGUCGCAGGGGAAGCUCCUCCACCACAAAGAGUGAGGGAAUGGAAGAGAAUCUAAAUGGAGAAGAGGACUAGCUCCAGGCCAAAGCAACUCUAUACAAGAACAAGAUCAGCAACAUUUAUUUAAUCUAUUGAAAGCUUUGACACCCAAUAAUUGUAUGGAUUCACAACUAUGAUAAUCACAAAUCAUAGUCAAAAAUAUCACCAUGAAUACAUAGUUAAUUAAAGGUAUGUGAAGUUAAGGAUUGAUAUAGUGACUUAUUUAAUAGUGAAAUAUUUUAGUAACUAGCUCUGUCAAAUACAGUGACUACACAUGGAAUGCUUGGGACAAAAAAUUUGAUCUAAAUCUGACAGCUAUAGACAGACAUACACAGCUCCCACAUUGUCAACAACGCAUGUUGUAAAGCUUGCUCUUUGUAGAACAAGUUUACACCACAUAUGAUGGACAUGGCAUUGUUCUCAAGACAAAGCAAUGUUGUCAAACAAUUAUAUCAGUCUAGUGUGCGAAACAAUGGGGUCUCUUGAUAUCCAAUAAGUGAUGAUUCAUUUGGAGCAACUCUUUCUUCAUCAAGCCAAGCCAUCAUUCCAUCAUCAUGUUACAAAUUGUAAGAGUCAAUAACCUGUAGAUAGACUUUUAUCCGCCAUUUUUCCAAGUCUACCAAAUAGACAUAUUUAUGUAGGGUUUAUGUAAAAUUACAGUUAGUAUAUGUACUAUGGUAUGUACUUAUAAGCAGCCACUUGAAAAGUAGAGAGCACAAUAUUUUAUAUACUAAAGUUGUAUAUCUUUUAUAGACUUUUUAUACUACCGAUAUAUAUGUUACAUUUUCGACCAUGAACAUUUCUCAUUAUGAGCCCUGAGUCAUCAAACACAGUAAUGGUUGAGAUUUGAUGCGGUGCAGUCACAAAGAACUUACUUCUGAAUGAGUAUCUUGUGGUUUGCUUUAAUGAAGGAUGUUUACAACAACUACGCAUGUCCAUGUAUACUUGAUCACGAAGAGCCCUGCUAGGCCUACAACUGAACUCCACUGGUGGAUUUACAUACAAUGUGUCCUCGUGUACCCCCUGACUCAACCCAACUGUAAACAGUAUGUGUGGGUCUCCACUUCAGAUGGGUGCUGCAAAGUCGGUCAAUACGUAAAUUUUUAUGGUGUUGACUUCCCAUGUGUUGAAGAGGGUCAUCAAAGGAAAAUGUCUUUCUCCAUAUAUACCCACUGUGCUAUACACCAAUACUACAUGUAUACACCUUUAUAUAUCCCCAUUGUGCGAAACAAAAAUGGUAACUUCAGUAGCAUUGAAGUCUAAAAUGCACCUUUGAUAAUCUGAUAGAUAAACAAAGCUUCACAAAGCUUGCAUAUCAGAAAAGGCGUGAUGAUAAUCUUCAUCAGUGAGUUUUAAUGUUUUGCCACCUUUUUUUUGUUGUCACCAAAUUAAAAUACUUGUUGGCACAUGCAAGGGCAGUUACAUUUCUCCAAUAUCAUAAUGUCUAUUCUCAGGAAUAGCAACUAAUGUAGAGGUACAUGUACUUGGACAGCUUACACACGCCUGCAUGUAGUGUCCGUGUUAACAAUCAUGGUGCUUACAGUAUACUUUAAGAUGGAAAAGAAUGAAUUUUAUGGAUACCUAAUUUUUCUGCACAAAGGCAACCGCAGGUGCCAUAUGCAUACACAUGUAUAUCAUGCUUAGAAAACUGUAAACACAUAUCAUUCAUAGAAUAUUGAAAGAAAUUGUAAAAGUAGCUGAAGUUUGAUUGCUAAUAAAAGUUAGCCUCAAAAUA